AUGUCGGUGAUCAUCCCUGGGAUGCUCGACGGCGAGCGAUACAUCCGGAAGCAGAUCAAGCCGACUUCGGAUCGUGACGGAAUCAUGGAACGAUACCGCCUACGUCGCAUGGACGACCUAUGCGUUCUACAGAACAAAGCUCCGGUUUGGAAUGAAGAUACGCAAUCCUACGUCCUAAAUUUCCACGGUCGCGUCACUCAGGCGUCAGUCAAGAACUUCCAAAUCGUCCAUGACAUUGAUCCCGACUACAUCGUCAUGCAAUUCGGGCGCGUCAACGACGAGCAGUUCACCAUGGAUUUCCGGUACCCCCUCUCCGCGCUUCAAGCCUUUGGGAUUGCCAUGACGUCCUUCCACGGAAAGCUGGCUUGCGAA